GGCCUCUCGGGCCCCGCCGCGCUGCUGGGCUCCCCCGGCGCCGGGCCCGGCGGCUGCAGAAAGAUGGUGGUGUCGGCCGAGAUGUGCUGCUUCUGCUUCGACGUGCUCUACUGUCACCUCUACGGCUACCAGCCCCCGCGGAGCCCCCGCUUCACCAACGACCCCUACCCGCUCUUCGUAACGUGGAAGAUUGGUCGAGAUAAAAGGUUGCGUGGAUGUAUAGGUACCUUUUCUGCCAUGAACCUGCAUUCAGGCCUCAGGGAGUACACACUUACUAGUGCCCUUAAAGAUAGCAGAUUUCCCCCAAUGACGAGGGAUGAACUGCCACGGCUUUUCUGCUCAGUGUCUCUACUUACUAAUUUUGAAGAUGUCUGUGAUUAUUUGGAUUGGGAGGUGGGUGUACAUGGCAUUAGAAUAGAAUUCAUCAAUGAAAAAGGAUCAAAACGCACAGCCACCUACUUACCUGAGGUUGCAAAGGAGCAAGGCUGGGACCAUAUUCAGACUAUAGAUUCCUUAUUGAGGAAAGGAGGUUAUAAGGCUCCAAUCACAAACGAUUUCAGGAAAACAAUAAAACUGACCAGGUAUCGUAGUGAGAAGAUGACUGUGAGCUACACAGAAUACCUUGCCCACCGGCAGCAUCACCACUUCCAAAAUGGCAUCGGGCACACCCUCCCCCCCUACAACCAUUAUUCCUGACACUGAGCCGUAUGACCAGUCUCUGGACUUUUCUGCAAGCCUCUUCCCAGGAGAACCCCCUCCUUCUUGGUCUAGCUAUCUCUAUUACUGUACCAUUUUAUGAUGAUAAUUUCCGUUGCCAUGUUGACGCUUCUCCACCGCAGGUUAAGCUCGCCAUGGCAACGGGUGGAAACGCUGCAUCAUUACAAAGAACCCCUUUUCUCCUCUCCCCCCCCCCUCUUUUUUUUUAAUGAGUCACUGGGCUGGCUGGGUUUUCUUUUCUUUUUGUUAUAACAACAAAAAAACAGGUUCUCUUUUUUAAUAGUAACAUUUUAAAGUUCUUCAUUUAUCACUCAAUUGUAUCGAUUACCUUUUCUGUGAAACUGUUGAUGGAAGGAAAGAAUGCGAACGUGUCAGGGUAGAGAAGAAUGAAAUACAGUAGUCUGCUCUUAAAAUCAUAAAAUCAGAAACAAGAUAAAGAUUGCCUUGAAUAGGAUGAGUUCUUUAGCAGUUCCCAUGAUAAAAAUGGUUAGACUACGCGAACCUCUGAUUCCUGGUCUGGUUGGCCCAGGCAAAUAUCAGUGAUAAGCUGAAUUAAUUAUGAUGUGAAACAGAUUGUGCUUUUGGUUUGUACCAGGGGUGUCCAACCUUAGCAACUCCUGGAAUUCCCCAGCCAGCAUGGACUUCAGCUCCCAAUUAUUCUCCAGACAGCAUGGGUGGCUGGGAAUUCUGGGAGUUGAAGUCCACAAGUCUUAAAAUCACCAAGGUUGGACACCCCUGGUUUAGACAGACCCAGAUUGAAGUCCUGGUUCAAAUCCUUUCAAAUUGCCAAUUCAAAUCACUGGAACUAAAAAUUGACAGAUAAAUAGUCUCCCCACUCCUGGUUCUAAAAUCUGUCUUUGGGUGGAUGGUAUGAUCUGCCAAGCAGCACCAAUCAGAGUCUCUCCAAGAUUCUCUUUCACCUCUCCAGUGUUUCUUGUGGAGUCUAAUCAGGAGGAUUAGCUUGAAGAAACUGCUGUGUUAGGAAGUCAACAAAUUUGGAUAUUAGUGCCUUAGGGGAAACAAGUUUUGGGGAGGAAGGCAAGGCUGCAGAAGCACAAGAGGAGUUAUACCUAUUCCAAAUUCCAAACUUUCCACGCAGGUGAAAAAUAUUCUUUGGAGAGAAGGAUACAAUUUUUGCCUCUGACCUUACAAGGCUUGCCCCUGUACAAAUUAGCCGUUCUUGAUGGCACAAUUUUUGGUGCUUUUGUUAAUGAAAUGAAAACCAAAGUAGGUGCACUGAAAUAGAGAAAGAAAAAAGAAAAGCCCAGUGGUUUUUAGAAAAAUCCUAAUGGUUAGUAAUUUUAAAUUAAAAAUGUAAUAGCAGUUACCUUUUUUAUGAAGCUGCAAUGCAGUGCUAGAAGUAUUUUUGGAUAGUAGGUCUAGGAAAUUGUACCAAGUUUUGCAGAAUCGGAAUUGUUACCAUCUCAGGGUGGAAGUAGCAGAGGCAGCUCAUCCUAACUCCUAACUCACUGAGUUCUCAUUUCAGGCGGUUCCUGAACUCAUACAAACUUUAAUGAAAUAGAUCUCAGAGCUCUAUUUCAGUGAUCCUUCUUGAGAAUUAGAAAAACAUCUUGGAGGAAGCAGAUCCCCCCCCCAAUUUCACUCCAUUUAGGGAUGCGACCUUCAUAGACAUAGACUACCAUAAUAAGAGACAGGAAGCCGUAUCACAGGCCCUGAAGGUUGAAAGAGUUGACUAUGAUCCCAGAUGGGGAAGUAAGGAGAAAGCCAUUUCAUCACAGUCUUUCCUUCGAUCCACAGUAUUUGAACGUCUGGAUACUAACUUUCUGUUUUGAUGCCUUAAUCUUCAAAUAAGCAAAAAUCCUGAAAAAAGUAAAAAAGGGCAAUGGACGAGGAAAAGAACCCAUUGGAGCUUCGGUUUGAAGUUCUGGGGUGUCUUUCCCUAUCAGGAGGGUGGAGAGGGGGGUUCAUUUUUUAUGUGAAAAGUAUUGUCGAUUGCUGUCUAAUUGCAACUUUCCCUGUUUUGCCUUGAAAGGGAAACUUGAGCACAAGUUAAAGCAAAAUUUCUCUGCUGCAAGCAUUUGGAAUAUCUACCAUGGCAUACACACACACACACCCACAGAGCCAUCUUUCUCAUUACAGUUCAUGCUUCUGGGUGAGCUCAAUGUUAAGUUUUUUUUUUUUUUAAGAAAAGAAAAGUCUAUUAUAUAUAUAUAUAUUAAAUAUAUAUAUGUGUAUUUAAAGGUGCUAAUCAUCUUAAGCAGGUCACGUGACUGGUCAUGCGGACUCUAAAAUCAUAUCAGAUUUUUUUAGGAAAAAAAAUCCUCAAUAUAUGCAGAUGUUAUACAGAAUUUCUUACCAGUGUAAUAAUGAUAUACUGAUUUAAAUAAAAAUAAUCCUGCAGGGUUUGAAGGAAGAGGUCAGCAAUACUUCCCACCAUGGCUUGGAGGAGGAACAAAAAAACAAAACAAAAAGGAUCAUCUUGUCAGCAUAAUGCACAAUAUUUUUUAUUUUCUCUUGUUUUGGGUGUCUCGCUAUUGCUUUGGGAACUUAAUCAAAAACAACAGCUGUCAUUCAAAGGACUGAACAAACUGGAAAGGUGUGCUUUAAAAAAAAAAAGAAAACCAAAAAAAAACCUCCAGACUCUUUUGAACCUGUUGUAAAUCUAUAUGUUUGUUUUGAGAGUUAUUCCUGGAAUCUUGCAAGGCUGGCGAGAUGUCUCAGCAAAAACCUGACGUAUGGGUGGCGAUCCGUGGGCUUCAGUGGCCUGUGGGCUUUGUUUUUUCCUGGUUGUUUCUUGGGUCAGGGAAGGGCUGGCCAUGCAACUGGACUGCUGUUCUUGACGGCAGGGCUCUGCAACCGUGGCAACUUUAAGACUCGUGUGGACUUAAACUUCCAGAAUUCCUCAACCAGCCUGGUUGAGGCUGAGGAAUUCUGGCAGCUGAAGUCCACAAGUUGUAAAGUUGCCACGGUUGCAGAGGCCUGGCUUACUAAACUGCCCCAAUCGUGCUGCCCUCCUUAGGUGUUUCCCUCAGACCCCAAAUAGCUUUUGCGGUCCCUCCUUAGUCUGCAAAGCCGUGUCCAUUUCCAACCUGGGGUUUUUUUGGUCAGUGAGCCAUAGGUCGGUCUUGUUCAGGCGGCGUUUCUUGCCUUAUUUCAUUCCAAAAAAUAAAUCUAAAAGGCAGUUUAGUUUUAGCUUUAAAUGUUUUCUUUCAUACACCUGUGUGGUGAAGGACAGUUUGGGAACAAAUGUCCAGCUGAAGCUAAGAGAGAGGAGAUGGUGGGACCACCAUUAUAUCCAGGAGAGAAGCGGGUGCAUUGCACCAUCUUUGUUCUGGGGUUGGACACAAACCCCGCAAGGAAAGAUGCCUCCUUCCUGUGCUGAUGCGCCAUCAGCUGGAAGCACCUGGCCCACCCACCCACCCACACCCACCCCAUUUCACGUUGAUGAUCUCAACCUCUUGAUGUGUCUUCAACUUGUUCUGGAUUCUUGAAACUGUCUGGAGUAGCCGAAAUUUUUGUGUGUUGGACUGAACCAAAGACACCUCCAGCUGAGCCUCAAUGCUGCUUCUUAAAAUGUCUGCCUUCCGAUCCUUCAAAGUCUCUGCAGGAUGCAAAUGGGUUAACUUUUUUAUUUUUGUACAGUUUCUAACUGAUUUUUGCUAGUAAUGUUAAUUAAGUUUGAGGAACCGCUGAGGCUCCUCUGAUGAAAUUAAACUGGUGACUUUUAUGUUUAAAUAAAAUAAUAUAGAAACCCGACAUGUGCCUCUCAGAUUCUAAGGGUUUCUGGUUACACUUCUUAAGACCAGCAAUGAUUCUUUAUAUACAAAGAUAUGUUUUUUCCUUGUUUUUUAUUAUUACUGUUUCAGAAAGAAAGAAAUAAACUUCCUUCUGCUCUGAAGCCAGUGGUCACACUGGUACAUAAAUGCACUGAGUUAAAAAGAAAAAAAACUUUUGUAACAACUUAUGACUGUUUUUGUAUAUCAAAGCUGAUUCUUUCCAAAAGAUUUGGAUCUAGUUUCUAAGUUAUUUUAGUGUUUUAUAUGUUACAAGAAUUAAUUGUUCACCAGCAUAAUAACUAGUUAUCUUCAAUGGAAAAAGUGGCAUAGGUGGGCUACCUGGAGUAGCUCAAGCCCCUCCCCCUUUUCCUUUGACUAUUGAUUACAAUAUUAUCACAGGUUACCACAAACUUCCUUCCAUUAAGACUCGAUUCUUAUUUCCAUGUUUAUUUGCUAUUAGUGUGAAGAAACUGUUGAUUAAAAAAAACGGGCAUUUUAUAAGUAUGGCUUAAAGAUAAAAAUGAGGAAAAAGUUUAAAAAAAACUACUUUAGAAGGUAAUUUGUGGGUCUGUGAGAUAUGGCUGUGGAAAGAUAUUGUAGUAGUUUUAACACUAUUGUUAUUACCUUUUAAAUCAUUUACCCAAUAAAAUGAGGAAAAAU